AUCGCACGUGGAAACUAUAAAAUAAAAUAACUUCCGAAAAAGUGUUUUUAGUAUUUUAAAAAUAUAUUUAAUAAUUUAAAUAAAUACAUCAAAAUGAUGGUCAAAGGAAAAAAACGUUCUGCACCAUCUACUGAAAAUGGUUCAUCAGAACCUAAAGCUGUUAAAGUUGACAAAAAAGGAGAUAAACCAAAACCAUUUAAUGGUUCAUCAGAACCUAAAGCUGUUAAAUUUGACAAAAAAGGAGAUAACAAAUCAAAAUCUUUCAAGCCAAAAAAUGUUUUCAAAGGAAAACCAAUUAAACCAAUAGCUGGUAAACUCCCAAAUGCAAAAGGAGAACGUAAAAGUAAAGAAGACCCUGAAGCUAAGCCCGAGAAGACAGAUUGGAAUAAAUUCAAGCAGGAAAAAAAGGAACUACGCUUGAAGAGGAAACAAACCAAGGAUUCAUAUGAUGUGACUGUUGAAGCAAAACGUAUCUAUGAAAAACUUAAAAAUAAAAAAUCAGGAGAUAGAACUAGUUUAGCAGCACAGCUGUAUGAACAUGUUAGGGGAGAUAUGCUUAAGAAAAUUGUUAUGGCCCAUGACACAGCUCGUGUGGUUCAAUGUAUGAUAAAAUGUGCAUCUCCAGCACUACGUGUUACUAUAUCAGAAGAACUCCUUCCACAGGUAGUCGAAAUGACUGUUUCAAAAUAUGCACACUUUUGUGUAGUAACCAUGUUCAAGUAUGGAAGUACAGAAAUCAAAACUAAAAUGGUUGAUUGCUUUAUGGGAAAUAUUGUUCGAUUAGCUUGUCAUAAUAUUUCGAGCAAGAUUUUGGAUGACGCCUAUUUGAAUCACGCCAAUCCGAAGCAAAAAAUGUACAUGCGUCAGGAGUUUUAUGGGGAUUUAUAUAAAAAGUCCAAAGAUGAUUCCGUCAAACAAUUAUCGGACACAUAUAAAGAAACAACACACAUGAAAGCCGCUAUUUUGGGUUCAGUGAAGUCAAAUCUUGAUCAUGUAGCUAACAAAAACCUCGUAGACAGUUCGUUAGUUCAUGCAGUUAUUUUGGAGUAUCUCAAAGAAUGUGAAGAAGAUAAAAUUGAAGAGACUGUAACAAUGUACUCCAGUCUGAUACCAUUAAUGGUAACCACAAAAGAAGGAAGUCAAGCUGCUGUUCUUUGUUUCUGGCAUUCAACACCUAAAAACAGACGUGCAAUCAUCAAGACAAUUAAAGAACAUUUGGUUAAAAUCUGUACCCACGAACAUGGUCAUGUGUUUGUAAUUGCAGUAGUUAAUGCAUUAGACGAUACCAAGGCUACGAAAAAAGCUCUUUUCGAUCCAAUUCUUGCUGAAUUACAAACAAUUGCUGCCAAUCAAUGGGGUCGUCGAGUUAUUGAAUGGUUUGUUUCGCCAGGUGAUACAAAGAGUUUCCAUCCACAUUUUACAACGUACAUUGAAGAAGGUUUGAAGUACGGAAAGAAAGACAAAGAAGUAAGAAGGAAGGAGAUAUUUGAACAAAUCGAAGAGCCAAUUGCAAAGGCCAUAGCUGAUGCACCUGAGUUUUGGUUUGCUGAUGGUCAUAUUGGAUUGGUUACAGCGAAUUUAUUAAAUAAAUUGACAUCCACAAACUUCACAAAUGCUGCCCAAUCAUUAGCCAAUCUUAUGUGCACGCCUGAUUGGACCACUACUGUUACAGAAAAUAGUAAGGAACCGAAGGCAGCCAAAGCCCCUGAAACUGUUGAGGGAAUCAUUGACGCUGGCUUACACGUAGCUCUCAAGAAAAUUAUCAAACAUGAUUCAGAGAGAACCAAGGAAAAUCCAGAAGAGACAUUUGGAGCAAUUUUAUCAAAAACUAUUUCCGAUGAUAUUGUUAAACAAUGGUUGGAACAUAAUCGAGGUUGCUUUGUUCUCCUAAAUGUCAUUGAAAACAAUGCAAAAGAAUCAACAACACAACUAAGAGAACUAAUUGAAGAAAACAUAAAGAAUUUAAAGACCCAAACAGCAGGAAGCAAACUUUUGUUAAAGAAAAUUAAAGACUAGGUUUUAAGUUUUAUAUUUCAUUGAUUUUGUAUCUUUUUUUUUUUUUGUUGUUAUUAAGAGAUUAAAUUAAAGAAAUUUAUUUUUUGUUUAAUCUAAGCAACUAAU